AUGAAGGCAGGUCUCUCGUUCGUUCACCGCCCGGCAUCUGAGACAAGAACUCGAGCUCGGGGGUCGCCCACCUCUAGAGAAGAACCUUGUGCUUCCUCCCUAGGGGGCCGUUGUUGCCCUGGGGUGCGUUCCUCUGGCCAACCUGGGCCAGCUGCUCCCCCGUAUCCGAUGGGCACCCGCUACCCCAGGGCCACGCAGCUCACCUUCCGCCUCAUCGAAGCUGGUCUGCCACCUGCCGGCCGAGCAAUUCGUACCCCGUACAAGUCCUCCCCGCGGCAAGUGGACCCCGCCCGUUCGCCGCCCCAAGCCCAGAGUCCGGUAUUCGGGUCAGAACGUCGGCCGAGUCCGGGGGAGAAGAGCCAGGCCGUGCACGCCAGCUCCGGCAUCAACCGGAACGCCCUCCAGACCAGCCGAGGAACUAAGGCGCAAUCUCUGCCGCCCAGUAGCACGACCGAGGCCGCGGUGUUGGGCGGACGACAGCACCAGAGCGCCCAGCUCGUCCAGGGCACUGCGAAGCGCCGCCCCUCGCAGGGGACACGCUCCGACGCCAGGAGAACGAGGGCCGCGGGCACUCAUGAGCGCGCUUCCGGUGCUCCAGGUCCGGCCCGGGCCUCAGGAGCCCACUGA